AUGUCUCUACAUCAGAUACCAAGACCACCUUCGUCGUUCCCUCCAAGAUUUAAAAAGAAAGCCGAAGAUGGGAAAUUUGCUAAGUUCAUCACCAUGCUGAGACAACUAUCAGUGAACAUCCCAUUGGUGGAAGCCCUAGAGCAUAUGGCAAGAUAUGCUAAGUUCAUGAAGGACUUGGUUAUGAAGAAAAGAGCUAUAAAUAUUGAUUUUACUGAUAAUGUUCAUCACUGUAAUGCUAGUGCUACCAGAUUAUUGGUACAGAAGAAGAAGGAUCCGGGUGCAUUCACCACACCAUGCACCAUCGGAUCAAUCAAAUUUGCAAAGGCCUUGUGUGACUUAGGGGCCUAUAUCAACUUGAUGCCACUGACCAUCUACAAGCAACUAGGGUUAGGAAUUCCAAAACCCACAUCAAUGAGGUUGAUGAUGGCAGAUAGGUCGGUGAGGCGACUUGUGAGUAUCUUAUGUGAUGUGCUUGUAAAGGUGGACACUUUCAUCUUUCUAGCAGACUUCGUGGUCUUGGAUUGCGAAGUGGAUUUUGAGGUUCCCAUAAUUUUAGGAAGACCAGUUCUGGCCACAAGAUGA